UAAAGUUCUUUAUAAUCGUCUUUUCUAUAUAAUCGGCCAUCUAGAAUUUUUAUAUCUGUGAUAGACUCAUUUUUAUUUUGUACAAUCAAUGGUGAUAGUUGGUAAACGUGUGGUACCCGUGGUUGUACUUAUGAACAUAAAUACUGGUUGUGUUUACCGAUAAUUUUGCCGCUAUUCACUAUUUCAGUGAUUGUAAGCGUCUGGUUUUGGUUUUAUCAACUCAUAAUGUUAUAGUAUUAUGAAAUAAUAUUAUUUAAAAUUAAAAUUCGGAAGUCCAUCCUGACUCUUGAAUGUGUAAAAUAAAGUAGUUAUAUCAAUAAAACGUAUAAACCACUAAAUAUUAAUUCAUAGUUAUUUGGUGUCGUACUUUUUAUUUAAAUGCCAUCGCUUUCACUAGAAUCAUAGCAGCAAUUGGGGCUAUUUCGACGUCGUGAUCAGUAAAUAUAUCUAGUAAAGCAGCAGUAGUUACUGUUUCUGUUCCUAGAAUUAGAUUUGUCAUCAACCUUCAAUAUGAAUUUAGAAUUGCUUGAAUCUUUUGGACAAAAUUAUCCGGAGGAAUUUGAUGGAGUUCUUGAUAGUAUUUCAUUAGCUGUGACAUGUGUGUUUAACAAAUAUGGCACACUCUUGGCAGUUGGAUGUAAUGAUGGCCGUAUAGUAAUUUGGGAUUUCUUAACUAGAGGAAUUGCAAAAAUUAUCACAGCUCACAUGCAUCCUGUCUGUUCCUUAAGUUGGUCGAGAAAUGGACAUAAGUUAUUAAGUGCAUCCACUGAUAAUAAUGUUUGCACUUGGAACAUAUUAAGUGGGGAGAGAGAAGAAAUGUAUAAAUUUCCAUCACCCGUGUUAAAAGUCCAAUACCAUCCUAGAAUGAAAAAUUUAUUCCUUGUUUGUCCAAUGAAACACGCAGCUGUGCUCGUUGAUACUGAAGGCAACCAUAAAUUAGUUCCAAUGGGUGAAGAUUCUGAUCUGAUGAUAGUUGCUUCGUUUGAUCGCCGUGGAGAGUAUAUUUAUACAGGAAAUGCUCGUGGUAAAAUAUUAGUUUUGACUUGUCCUGAUCUUGAAGUUAAAGUCUCCUUCAAAGUGUCAACUGGAAUGACUGGUAUAAAAAGUAUUGAAUUUGCACGAAGAGGAGAUUGCUUUUUACUCAAUUGUUCAGAUCGUGUCAUUAGAGUAUAUGAUGCUAAACAUGUUUUGGAUAAGGGAAAAGAGGGAGAACCAGAACCCAUUCAAAAGCUCCAAGAUUUAGUUAACAAAACAAUGUGGAAGAAAUGUUGUUUUUCUGGUGAUGGUGAAUAUGUUUGUGCAGGUUCAGCCAGGCAACACGCAUUGUACAUUUGGGAAAAAAGUAUUGGAAAUUUAGUGAAAAUAUUACAUGGAACCAAAGGAGAACUCCUUUUGGAUGUUGUUUGGCAUCCAGUUCGAGCGAUAAUAACCAGUAUAUCCAGUGGUUUUGUGUCUGUGUGGGCACAAAAUCAAGUAGAAAAUUGGUCAGCUUUUGCACCUGACUUUAAAGAGCUUGAUGAAAAUGUUGAGUACGAUGAGAGAGAGUCUGAAUUUGACUUGGAAGAUGAAGACAAAUCAAUUACAAAAGAUAUACAACGAUGUGAUGAAGAUUUUGAGGUUGAUGUGGAAAGUGCCGAACCUGUAGCAGCAUUUUGUAGUUCAGAUGAAGAAGGAGCCAUCGAAGACCACAAGGAAGCUCUUAUGUUUUUACCGAUUGCUCCAGAAAUUGAAGACCCUGAACCAGAUAUGCCACCGCCUCCUGUUUCAACGUCUACUUCAUCUAAAUGUCGUACAAUUGAUAUUCAUUUAGAUAACGUUACUGACGAAGUGCAUCCAUUGUUGAGUAAUAAAACUAAAGAUAAACAACUCACUGGAGGUAAAAAAGGUCCAAAAAGAGGACCAAAACAACAAUAACUAUUUCCUAAUAUUAUUGUAAUGUAUAUUGUUUAAUAUUGUAUGUACAUAUUGUACUGUAUAGAAUUUAAAAUAUAAAUAUAUUCUUUUCAUUAGAAAAAAAAACAAAAAAUUCUUGAUUGUUUUGAUUGCAUUAUAAUAAUUUUAGUCAUACAGAUUCCAGAUUCCAGACCCACUGACUUCAAAAUAUGACAUAACCACCUGAAAAACGAAAAAAAUAUUUUCUUAUUGAAAACAUUUUUAAUAAGUAAGUUCAUACAAUGCUGCUAUUACAUUUACAUGCAUUCCCAUACAAUGACAUUUUACUGUGUCAACUUAUACUCCAUCUCAUAAAAGAUUUACAGUAAAGCGAAUUGUUGGCAACAGCCUAUCGUUUGGAGUAAAAGUAAACUGCAAAAACAAAUUUAUUGAGAGAUGUGGUCAGACCAAACUGGAAACUAAAAUUAGUUGACACAAUGAUGUCUGAGAUUAAUCUAGUUGGAGUAUAUUUUCUAAAAUGUGUAUCAAAAUUAAACUAAAAGCUAACGAAGUAAUAUUUAUACUGUAUAUAUUUUACUUUAAGAAUUUUGUUUAUAGGCUUAGUAUAAAAUAUUAUUCAUCUAUAUUUUUAACAGUAUUGAGUCUGGUUUUGACUUUCUACUUCUCAUGUAGAAUAUAGGUGGGUAUACAACCUAUCUAUCUUUGAGAGCUGAUUUUUAGGUUUUUACGUAUAUUUUUUGGCUAUAUGCAGCUCAACAGGGGAUUAUCCGGAAACCUUAUUCAUGCACAGAAUGCGUAGCAAAAAAUUAAAUUUUUUAAUAUUGCAUAAUAUUUUUGGGAUUAAAGAAAAUUCAGACUAUAUUUCAUAUUUAAGAAUAUAUUGUAUUAUUUGUUCAUAAAAAAGACAUAUAAUUUGUUCA